UCGAUCUGUUCUCAUUUUUUUGUUUUGCCGUACUUGCUUUUCCACGAGCGCAAGAAAGGGGGGAAGAAGAAAGAAAAGGAAAGAGAAGGCAUGAUUAGGGGAAGAAACCGAAGAUAGAAAAAGCGCGCGAAUGGAUUCAUCCUCCAGCUGACUCGAGUCCAACGAGAAGGCUACAAAAAGCCCUUCCAUAGAGGACACGCAUUCCGCUGCCCUGUUUCCUGGUGCCUCCUCCCCUGCUUCGCUGAAGAGGAAAAGACCAAAACUUUAGCGAAUCGACGAGAUGGGUUCGCAGGAAAAGACCGUUCUUGUCACCGGCGGGGCUGGUUUCAUCGGCACGCACACCGUGGUGCAGCUCCUGAAUGAUGGGUUCAGGGUCUCCAUCAUCGACAACUUCGACAACUCUGUCCCCGAGGCCGUCGACCGAGUGCGAGAGCUCGUGGGUCCCAAGCUCUCGGAGAGGCUUGAAUUCCACUUGGCUGAUCUCAGAAAUAAGCAGGAUUUGGAGGAUCUAUUCUCUCAGACCAGCAGCUUUGAUGCUGUGAUCCACUUUGCGGGGCUUAAAGCCGUUGGGGAAAGUGUAGCAAAUCCUCGAAGAUAUUUUGACAACAAUUUGAUUGGGACCAUAAAUCUUUACGAGGUCAUGGCAAAGUACAACUGUAAGAAGAUGGUUUUCUCAUCAUCUGCAACUGUGUAUGGUCAACCUGAAAAGAUACCUUGUGUUGAGGAUUUUCAAUUGAUGGCCAUGAAUCCUUAUGGGAGGACAAAGCUUUUCCUUGAAGAAAUUGCUCGGGACAUUCAAAAGGCUGAACCUGAAUGGAGAAUUAUAUUGUUAAGAUACUUCAACCCAGUUGGGGCUCAUGAGAGUGGCAGACUAGGCGAAGACCCUAAGGGUAUUCCAAACAAUCUCAUGCCUUACAUCCAACAGGUGGCUGUUGGCAGACUGCCUGAACUUAAUGUGUAUGGUCAUGAUUAUCCGACAAGGGAUGGCACUGCAAUCAGAGACUACAUCCAUGUCAUGGACUUGGCAGAUGGUCACAUUGCAGCUUUGAAGAAGCUUUUUGCAACAGAAGACAUAGGUUGUACUGCGUACAACUUGGGGACUGGAUGUGGUACUUCAGUCCUUGAAAUGGUUGCAGCAUUUGAGAAGGCCUCUGGCAAGGAAAUUCCCAUUAAACUGUGUCCACGGAGACCAGGAGAUGCUACGGAGGUUUACGCCUCCACUGAGAAAGCAGAAAAAGAACUUGGCUGGAAAGCCAAGUAUGGUGUGGAGGAGAUGUGCCGGGACCAAUGGAACUGGGGAAGCAACAAUCCAUGGGGCUAUCUGUCCGAGCCUUGAACAAUUUACAGCCCGUGAUAUACCAUCUAGCAAUUUUCCGUCUUUAGAGAUCACCAAAGAGGUGAAUUCAAUGUUGUUGGCAAAGAACACUUGAAUUAGAGAAUAAGAAUCGAAUCACUUUUUGAAUUUUCGA